AGUAAGCUGUUAGACUUCUGAUUUUAAAGAACUGCUAAGAUCGUGCAACAGUUGAGAAAUGUGGGGAAAUGUAUUAAUGAGUGCAUAAAUCCACUGCGGUGCUAAAGACAAUAGCAUGUGUGGGGGCUGAGAGACGGGUGUAAUUUGGGGCAGAGCAACGACCCCCGACACCCGGGCCAAGCAGGAAGCACUGAAGAAGGCUGAGCCAGAGCAGGUGUCUGUGCUGACAUCUGCUUCGGUUCUCUGGGGAAACACAAGAACCCUGCAGCUACAGCACUGACUAUGCCACAGGAGUGCCCCGACUCCCUAUAAACAAGACACUCUCUCUCUCUCUCUCUCUCACCCUCUCUCAAUCUCUCUCUCUCUCUGUCUUUUCUCACUGGCUGCACAACAUCAGCCAGCUCUCUAGGUAGACUCCAGUAAACACUCAAAGAGAGGAGAGAGAAGCAAGAAGAUGACAAAGCUGUCAGUGCUCUGAGAGGUGCAGACUGCUGAUAACAGGCUUGGCUGAUAAGCUGCUGUUCACUUCUACUUGGGCAAAGAUUCACAGAUCGGAGAAGAGCCGGUGGGCAUUGUGCAGGAGGUCACAAAAGAAGAAUUGGAAUAAUUAUCGAGUCCACUCUUGGUGCUAGUGGAAGGUCAUCAUGGGGAUGAAAGGCCUCAUCUUGGGCUGCGUGAUUGUGGCCAUGGUCCUCGAGCCCUCCACUGCUGGCCUGGUAAAGAAGGUCAUACGGCAUCGCAGAGAGGCUCUAAUGCCUAAGAAGAACCAAGAGAACCUCACACUACCAAACCCUGACCAACCAGUUGUCUUCAACCACGUCUACAACAUAAAUGUUCCCUCCACAUCCCUCUGUUCCGUGGACCUCGAGUCACCUGGCGGCACCGUGCCCAAUCACAAGAAUAACCCACUGGACAUGCAAAACACUGAGUACAUGGAGCACACGGUGGACGGUGACAAUCAGAUCGUCUUUACCCACCGCAUCAAUAUCCCCAAGCAGGCGUGUGGCUGCAACAACCAGCCGCCUGAUAUAAAAGAAAUCCUGAACAGACUGGAGAUGUUGGAGUCAGAACUUUCCAGUCUGAGAGAGCAGUGUGGCAGUGGCGCAGGUUGCUGUGGAUCUCAAAUUACUGGAGAGGUCUCCACAAAGCCUUACUGUAAUGGCCGUGGGAAUUGGAGCACUGACACCUGCAGCUGUGUAUGUGAGCCAGGUUGGAAAGGCCCCAACUGCACAGAACCUGAAUGCCCCAAUGACUGCCAGGACCAGGGCCGCUGUGUGGAUGGGAAAUGUGAAUGCUUUGAAGGCUUCAGUGGGGAUGACUGCAGCGCAGAGCUUUGCCUGCUGGACUGUGGUGAUUACGGUCAUUGUGUUGAAGGGUCUUGUCUGUGCGAGGAGGGCUUCAUUGGUGAGGACUGCUCCCAGACAAACUGCCUCAACAACUGUCUGGGUCGUGGACGUUGCGUUGAUGACGAGUGUGUCUGCGAUGAGCCUUGGACGGGCUUUGACUGCUCUGAACUCAUCUGUCCAAAUGACUGCUACGACCGUGGACGCUGCGUCAACGGCACUUGCUUCUGUGAUGAUGGCUUCACCGGAGAAGACUGUGGUGAUCUCACUUGUCCUGGCAACUGUAACAACCGGGGCAUGUGUGUGAACGGACAGUGUGUGUGUCAGAGCGGCUACAGUGGAGAAGAUUGCUCCAAGCUCACCUGUCCCCAAAACUGCAAUGAGCGAGGGCAUUGCUUCAACGGGAAAUGCAUCUGUGACCCAGGUUUUGAGGGUGAAGACUGCUCUGUUCUGUCAUGCCCUGAAAACUGCAGCAACAAAGGCCAGUGUAUAAAUGGAGAAUGUUUGUGUGAUGAAGAAUACCAAGGUGAGGACUGUAGUGAGCUGUCCUGCCCUAACAACUGCCUCGAUCGUGGGCGCUGUGUUUCUGGCCAAUGCAUAUGUGAUAAAGGGUUCACUGGCGAGGACUGCAGCAUCAAGACCUGUCCCAAAGAUUGCAUGGGACGUGGGGAGUGUGUAGAUGGCAAGUGUGUGUGCUUCACUGGUUUUACGGGUAAAGGCUGUGGUGAGCUGACCUGCCCCAAUAACUGUCUCGGCCGUGGCCACUGUGUGAACGGCCAAUGUAUUUGUCACAAGGGUUUCACUGGUGAUGACUGCAGUGAGAAGACCUGUCCCAAAAACUGUCUGGACAGAGGAUAUUGCAAUGAUGGCAUCUGUGUGUGCUAUGAAGGCUUCACUGGGCUCGAUUGCUCCAUCAUAACCUGCCCUGGGGACUGCCAGAACCAUGGACGCUGUGAAAAUGGAGUGUGUGUCUGCAAUGAGGGUUUCAUUGGUGAAGACUGCUCUGCUGUUUCACCGCCAAAGGACCUAACUGUGGAAGAGGUCACACCUGAGACAGUGGAUCUGUCUUGGGAGAAUGAGAUGCGUGUGACGGAGUACCUCAUCACCUACAUUCCCACAGCCCCUGGAGGUCUGGAGCUGGAUGUGCGGGUGCCCGGCGACCAGAAGAAGGCCACUAUUAGAGAGCUCGAACCAGGCAUUGAGUACCUGAUCAGUGUCUAUGCAAUUCUCAAUAACAAGAGGAGCAUUCCUGUUACCGCCAGGGUGGCAACACACCUUCCUGAGCCUGAGGGAUUGAAGUUCAAGACAGUGCGUGCGACAUCUGUAGAGGUACAAUGGGACCCACUGGACAUCCCCUUUGAUGGCUGGAACCUCAUCUUCAGAAACACUAAAGAGGAGGAUGGUGAGAUUUUGAGCUCCCUCGGCCGUCCAGACACGACCUUUGAGCAGUCUGGCUUGGGCCCUGGCCAGGAGUACGAAGUCAAACUGGAGGUAGUGAAGAACAAGAAGCGUGGACCACCUGCCUCCAAGAAUGUUAUCACAAGAAUUGACGCCCCGAGCCAGGUGAACAUACGCGAUGUGACAGACACAACGGCGCUGGUGACCUGGUUCCAGCCUGUGGCCGAUGUGGAUGGGAUCAGUGUCUCUUUUGGACCUGGCCCCAGCCCUGCUGAUCACAGCGUGGUUGAGCUUUCCUCCACAGAUACCCAAUACCACCUCGGAGGCCUCAUCCCAGACAUCCUAUAUGAGGUGUCUCUGACAGCCAGGAAGGGAGACCAGUCCAGUGUCCCUGUCUAUGAAUCAUUCCUCACAGACUUGGAUGCCCCCAGGGACCUUCAGAAGCUGGAGCUGACUGAUGAAAGCAUCACUCUUGAAUGGAAAAACAGCCAAGCUCAGGUGGACAACUAUCGCAUUAAGUAUGGACCUCUGUCUGGAGGCGAGCACAGAGAACUGCUCUUCCCUGCCGGUCCCAAAGAAACAACACAGGCCAAGAUCAUCGGUCUGAGACCGGGCACAGAGUACGGAAUGGGAGUGACAGCAGUGAAAGGUGAACGGGAGAGUCUGCCCACGACCACCAAUGCUGUGACCGCUCUGGAUGCACCAAAGGACCUAACUGUUGCAGAGGUGACAGAGACAACGAUGAUGUUGGAGUGGAGGCGCCCCCUGGCCAAGCUGGACUCCUACCGACUUGUCUGUGUUUCCGCUGAUGGCCAAAGGGCAGAGGAAGUGGUCCCGGGAGGAUCUGAGUCUCAUACCUUGAGAGGCCUAACACCAGGCAUGCUCUAUACCAUCGGCAUCACUGCCGAGAGGGGCCGCAGGACGAGUGCACCGGCCACCAUCUCAGCACCUACAGUGGAGGAGAAGCCCAUGGUGACUAAUGUCACUAUCAGCGAUGUGUCAUGGGACAGCUUCCUCCUAUCCUGGUCUGCAGUGGAGGGGGCCUUUGAAGCAUUUCUGAUCGAGGUUACUAAUGCAGAGACGGGCGCUGAGUGGCAAAAUCACACUGUGCCUGCCGAUGCUCGCAGCAUUGUCAUCUCUGGCCUCACUCCCACCACCUGGUACAGGGCCAAUCUGUACGGGGUGUACAGGGGCCUCUUCUUAGACCCUGUCUUUGCAGACACCAUUACAGAGACUGAACCACAGGUGCAGGCUCUCCUACUGUCUGACAUCACUCCUGAGAGCUUUAGAUUGGUCUGGAUGGCAGAAGAUGAUGCCUUCGACACCUUUGUCAUAAUGGUGAGCCAGGCUGAGAACGCAGACCAACCACAAGAGCUGGUGUUGGGCGGCGAGGAAAGAAGCACAGAAGUGACAGAUCUCAGCGAGGACACAGAGUACAAAAUUGAAAUCUUUGGACUAAUUAUGGGAAGACGCUCCAAGUCUGUAAUCGAGGGGGUGAGAACAGAUCUGGGGCCACCCAAAGGCAUACGCUUCUCUGAUGUCACUGACUCAUCUGCUACUGUCCACUGGGCAGUUCCAAGAGCCCGGGUGGACAGCUACAAGGUCACAUAUGUGCCAGCUCAUGGAGGAAAUGCUAAGACUCUGACAGUGGAUGGAUCAAACUCACAGACUGUGCUACCCAACCUAAUACCUGGUGUCACCUACGAGGUUACUGUCAUUGCACUCAAGGCUCAACGAGAGAGUGAGCCUGGGUCAGACAGUGUCACUACUGCUUUAGAUAAACCCCGUGGUCUGACUGCAGUCAAUAUCACAGACACUGAAGUGCUACUUCUCUGGCAGCCUGCCAUUGCUACAGUCGAUGGUUACGUUAUUACCUACAGUGCAGACUCAGUGGCUCCAGUGAUGGAACGCGUGUCUGGAAAUGUGGUGGAGUUUUCGAUGACCACCCUGGUGCCAGCAACACGAUAUACCGUAAAGGUCUAUGCCAUUCGGGAUUUGGCCAAGAGUGCAGUCACUACAACAGAAUUUAUCACUGAUGUGGACGCCCCUCAGGACCUGGCAGCCAGCAACAUCCAGACAGAGUCAGGCAUGCUGACCUGGAGGCCGCCACGUGCUGACAUUACUGGCUACAUCCUCAGUUUUGAGUCUGCUGAUGGCAUCAUCCGGGAGGUGGUUCUCAGUCCCACUGCAGUUUCCUACAACAUGGUUCAGCUCAGCGCCUCAACAGAAUAUUCUGUUAGGCUGCAAGCCAUCGCUGGUCCCAAGAGAAGCAGAGUCAUCAGCACUGUCUUUACGACUACUGGUGUGCUCUACAAAUACCCCAAGGACUGUUCCCAAGCCCUUCUAAAUGGUGACACCACAUCUGGCAUGUACACUAUCUAUCUGGGUGGAGAUGAGAGCCAGCCCCUUCAAGUCUCCUGCGACAUGACCACUGAUGGAGGUGGCUGGAUUAUUUUCCUUAAACGCCAAAGUGGUAGACUGGAGUUUUUCCGUAACUGGAAGAAUUACACAGCUGGCUUCGGUGACAUGAAUGAUGAAUUCUGGCUGGGGCUAUCCAACCUGCAUAAGAUCACAGCAGGAGGUCAGUAUGAGCUGCGAGUGGACCUCAGGGACAAAGGAGAAACAGCUUACGCUCAUUACGACAAGUUCUCUGUCUCCGAACCAAGGACCCGCUACAAAGUCCAUGUUGGGGGAUACAGUGGAACAGCAGGUGAUUCAAUGACCUACCACCAUGGUCGUCCAUUCUCCACGUUUGACCAUGACAAUGACAUUGCCGUUACCAACUGUGCUCUGUCAUACAAGGGCGCUUUCUGGUAUAAAAACUGCCACCGUGUCAACCUCAUGGGAAGAUAUGGCGAUAACAGUCACAGCAAGGGCGUCAACUGGUUCCACUGGAAGGGCCACGAGCACUCCAUUGAGUUCGCAGAGAUGAAAAUUAGGCCAUCCAACUUCAGAAACCUGGAGGGACGGAGGAAACGCUCAUAAAUGCAUCGCCUACAACAACAGCAACAUUGCUACUAUUCUUUUUGGACUCCCCACAAAACACCUCAACCCAGACCGAAACCUCUACCCGCCCUGCAACAACCAAAGCCACUGCCAAGGCCCUUGCUGCUUCCAUGUAGAUCAACACACCCUACUGUUCUCUUACAGGCUCCCUAUACCCCCUGCUGCCUGUGCCAAAAUUUAUAUGCAUGUUGCAAACUGGACUUAAGUGAAACCUGAACCAAUUCUGAGUCACACACCAAAGAGAACAGAACUAUACUAUACUAUAGAAUUAUAGCAGACCUGAUUAUCUAAAUCUCUUGUGUUUGCAGCAUUUUUCACAAGGCAUGUGUGCAGCUUGGGCAUCUUGUUAUGUACAGUAAUUAAUUGACCCAUCUCACAAGCUAAGCCAUGUUAAGUUGGUGGAUUUCACAGUUGUUAAUAAGGUACGUAUAUGGCGAGCAAAGCACAGCAAUGAUAAAAAUUUGGAAAAGAGAUAGCACAAGUCAAAUUAAAGACACACCCCUAAGGUACCCUCCCCCACACCUCCAGCACCACCCCAGACCAUCAUAAAUUUCCAUUUGUUGGUCUUUGUGUGACUAAACGUCAUCUCUGUGCCACUUUAUCCUCCCCUGGUUUCCUCACACCCCUCUACAUGAGCUAAUUAAUGAGGGCUGGAUAUCAAUGUGAAAAGGGAAAAACAAAAAGGGUGCAAUGCUUUCCACUCAUUUUGGGAACCCCCAAUUCAACAACCAAUGUAUUGUGCUUUAAAGGAGACAUAUUGUGGAUUUUUCAGAAUUUUAAAACACUCCCAGGUGCCUUGAAAAAAGGUCCCUGGUAUUACCGUAAUUUCUUGUGUAUAAUACGCACCCCUAAAAUUGACCUCAAAAUUCUGGAAAACACUUCUACCUAUGUAUAAUGCAUUUUUACAAUGCAUGUUUUUGCUUCUACCCAUAUGAUCAAAACAUGAGGUAUCUGAAUUUUGUUCAUUUUUUCAAAUAAUUAUUCUGAAAUUAAGCACUUUAUUUGAACACGUAAUACUUUCCUUUUAUUUACUUGCUCUUAUUUUGAAAUUCACAGCCCUACUUUUAUUUAGUGAAUGAGAAAACACACAGUUGUGCUCAUAUGUUUGAUGACCCAGGCAGAAUUUGUAAGAUGGGUACAAUUCUUUAAAUAAAACAUGAAGGGCCAGGCGAAACACAUUUUGUUUUAUUUUAAUGGGAUUCAAAUUAAACUGUCAAGCUUUUCAGAAAAGCAUUAUCAUCAAACAAAACAUAACCAUAAAGAAAUUAAUGAUGGUUGUUGUUCAGUCAUCAGUCGUAUUUUAAAAAACAAUAUUUCACAAAUUCUGCCAGGGUAUGUAAACUUACGAGCACAACAGUACAUAUUAUGCAGUCAUACGUAGCCCUGUCAUAUUGGAAUGAAAGUGUAGGCUACACCUUUUUCAUAGCCUCUAGGUGGCGCUGGCAUUUUAGAAUGAAAGUGUACACCUUUCUCAUAACCUCUAAGUGGCAGUGGCAUAUUGAAAUGAACGUGUACCGCCUUUUCAUAACCUCUAGAUGGCGGCAUACAUUUAUAAAAUGGGAAAGUCUUUUUCAUUUCCCCCUAUACCUAUGUAUAAUGCACACCAUUGAUUUUUGAUAUUUUUUUUUGGGGGGGGGGGGGAAUGUGCAUUAUACACGAGAAAUUACAGUACUUACGUCAAAAUACAAUAAAUACAGCCAGCAACUUAAUAUCCACUUAGAAUGCUCUACUUCAAAUAGUUGGGAUUUUUUUGGAGGGGGAGAGUAGACGGGGGGUGGUUCGGUCGAAUGCAAAUGAGCCACUUGCCAUCAACCACCUGUUCUAUGGGGCCAAUGGGCUGUCUUUACCAUGACAACUUGGAGCAAAGCUCGAGUGUUGUGUUUACAGAAGCAGCUACUUGUUCUCAAACAGCUGGGAGUCUGAAGACAAAGGCGAGCAGAAAAAGAGUAUCGAUAGCAGAGAAAGACAAACAUUUUCACUAGUCGAGACAGCACUUAAACACCAAGCCACAAAAUUACACUUUUCAAUUAUUGCCGCGGAUCUGUCGUUGCAGCAGAUGUAUCGACAUGGCGUUGCUUUGAAAUUGCAGCUCUUUGCCCCGCCUAGCUUUCAAGUUAAGGGCGGAGAAAUUUGUGGCGGUUUAGCCUAUUAAGUCACACAGCUAGGUCGAAGUGAGACCAAAUUCAGAACGGCUCGCUCAGACACAUUUUCAGAAACAGGCAGCUCAAUAGAUUGACUUGAUUGUUUAAUUUCACACUUGAUGGAUGGUCAGGCACUCUGUGACCCAACUUUUUGUAUGAAAACAAUAAAAUUUUUCCAUAAUAUGUCCCCUUUAAAACAUUGAAACACUCAUUUAUAUUAUGUGAUUGAUGAAACCAAGGCAGGACCUAUUAUUGAGUUGUUGUUUUUUUCAUACUUGGAAAAAUGCAAAUACAAUAGAUAUACUGGAUGUUGAAAAAGAGGAUUUGUUGUGUUGUGACACAAAUGAUAUUGAUGCUCGAAACGUAAAAACCUAGUAAGCUCAUUAAGUAUGCUGUUUAAAAUUUUUGGAUGAGCCAGCUAGAGAACUAGUAAAUGUUUUCAAGUCCCCUGUUCCCCCCCAUUGCAGGAUACUAAACCACUGACCAUCAAAAGAAUGCCUGUGUAAAUUUAUUUUGUUCUUACUGAUUUAUUUGUUUAUACCUGGGUGAACAACAGGUGUUUCUCUGUAAACUGUAUCACAAUAAAACUUUUGUUUUAAAGGA